AUGUCUUUAAUAUUAUCAUCUACUGAUGAUGAACAAACUGAAUCUGUUCAACAUGAAACUAUUGAUCAAAAAUCAGAUAAAGUUAAUCAUAAUAAACAAAUCGAUGAAGAAAAUAAUAAUUCAAAUUUAAAAUUAAAAAAACAAACAAAUAAAACUAGUCCACGUCGAAAAUCUGUUACAUAUCUAUCAGAUAAAAAUUCUAAUCAACGUCGAAAUUCUCGUACUCAUCUCUCACCACAUAAAGAUAAUCGAUCUCAUUCAUAUGCUCAACAAAAACCGACAAAACAUAUUCAUACCGAUACUCCGAAACUAAAUAAUACUCAACAUCGAAAUUCGUUGAAAGAUGAUAAAGUUCAAUUAAAUAUACAAAAUAAAACAGCAGCAUUAACAAUUGAAAAAAAUCCUAAAAAAAAUUCAAGUCCACGUAGAAAAUCUUUUCCAAAUGAAAAAAAUAAAAAUUCAAAUAUUGAAAUAAAAACAAAAGCAACUAAUCAUAGUCCACGAAGAAAAUCUCUUAAUUAUGAAACACAUAAACAUAUGUCCAAUAAUUUGAAUAAACAUACUCAUACAAUUAAACAUGACAAACGAAGAAAAUCUUAUGAUAAACAACAAAAAUUAAAUACGUCUAAAGAUAAAAAUCAUCAGACAGGUAUUUUUAACACAAAUUAUUCUCUUCAACAAUUAUUUCUUUUAGAAACUGAUCAGAAAAUUGAUCCUUCUACAAAUACUUCUAAUGAUAAUCAAGAAAAUUAA